UCCAGAGGCGGAGCGCGGUUCUACAAGCCUCUCGUUCGCGCCUGAAAAGGAGCUCGCGCGUCGCGCUGCUGUAAGACACCCGCCAGGGCGGGCGAGGCGACUUCCAGCCCCGCCUGACGUGGGCCGCGGGUGGCAAAGGGAGCGGCGUCUGCAGUCGGGGAGAGGCGGCGGCUGCGUUAUCGCCUCGCCUUGCGUGACACAACCAGCAUCAUCACCACUACCGUAUCACGCUGUCCGCAACGGAGUGACUGAGCACACGCAGGCGGCGGGCACGAUGACGGAGUACAAGUUGGUGGUGGUUGGCGCAGGAGGCGUGGGCAAGAGUGCCCUCACCAUCCAGCUCAUCCAGAACCACUUUGUGGACGAGUACGACCCCACCAUCGAGGACUCGUACCGCAAGCAGGUGGUGAUUGACAGCGAGACGUGUCUGCUGGACAUCCUGGACACGGCCGGGCAGGAGGAGUACAGCGCCAUGCGCGACCAGUACAUGCGCACAGGCGAGGGCUUCCUCUGCGUCUUCGCCAUCAACAACUCAAAGUCCUUCGAGGACAUCCACCAGUACAGGGAGCAGAUCAAGCGUGUCAAGGACUCGGACGACGUGCCCAUGGUACUGGUGGGCAACAAGUGUGACCUCCCAGCACGCACAGUCGACACCAAACAGGCGCAGGACCUGGCGCGCAGCUACGGGAUCCCUUACGUUGAGACGUCCGCCAAGACGCGACAGGGCGUGGAAGAUGCGUUUUACACCUUGGUGCGUGAGAUCCGGGACCACAAACUGCGCAAGAUGAACAACGCCAACAACAAGGACGAGUGCAGCGUGUGCAGCUGCGUGCUCUCCUGACCCCUGGUGCUUGUGCAUGCGGAGAUGCCGUAGAGUGCCACUAUGCGGCCGCCGCCUGCAUUCGAGCCCCGAGGUGCUGGCCUCCGCCGACGUCCCAGGGCUGCGAGACCUUCCCGAGGGGCCGGGGGGAGCUGCGGGCGGCCAGUCCAGCCCAGCCUCUCCCUCAUCUCCCACAGCCAUGACCACUCACUCUUUAAUGCUGGCCAUGAUUAUCAACGGGUGGCAGUGCUCAGCGGCCCGCGGGCUCGGAGUGCCGAACUCUUAACGCUCCCGUCGCCACCACCACUACAGCUACGCUGAUGCGCUCUCCCUCUGGGGCCGGGACCCCCGUCUUGUCGCUGCUGUAGGAAUGUGGCACGCUGCCCCGCAUCUGUCCCGCUGUAGGAACAACGCGCUGCCCAGCAUCUCUGGCGUGCAGGGACGGCGGGCGCAGCCAGGGCAGUUGGUUGGUUUUUAGCGGCAUGAGCCGCGAACUCAAAAGGGAAAUGCCUAACAGGUUGUACCACGUGCGGAGUUGCGAUUACUUCACUGCACAUUUGAAUUUUUAAAUAAUUUUGUUUUUAUUUAGUCCUGUUGUCUAACACAGUUGUUUUGAGUAGAUGUGCGGAAGUGUGUUUUACUACGUAUGACUGCAUGUGUGUGCAUGUGUGUGCGCAUGUGGGGAGUGGUGGUGGAGUGGUUCACACACUGAUCUUUGGCCAUGCUCAUGUAAAUGGGUACUGGAACCGUGCCUGUGCCUCCUCUAGGUUGACUCGGUCUAAACAUGAGUACCUUGUGCGGUGAUGUGUCGACAUCAAUACUGGAGAGAUGGGUAUGCGUGGCGCUAGCCAGACAACCCCCUCUUGUGCUGUGCCAGCCUGCAUAGGUGCUCACCAACAGCGUUUGCCCUGCAGUCUAUAAGGCUUAUUGGGUGACCUAUAUGUAUAUAAAUGUAAACGCAGUAUAUAAUUGUGCGUGUGUGUAUAAAGUACUCGUCGAGAAACCAUUUCAGAAAACCUGAAGCCAAAAAUGUGGCGAUGUGAAUCUCAUGUUAGAGCAGUUGUGUGUUAUUUGUUCAUCGCACUUCGCUUCGAUCCCCUCUUUCCCAUUUAUCUGGCUCAUGACUGGCACCUCUACGACAGGGCUGUGUGAAAGAAGGAGCUUCCGCCGUGUCGAGACAGCAGUGGGAGGGAGCUCGUGGGUGCAAACAGCUUUGUCACCACAGCCAUUGGGGCAUUCUUGGAUUGGUAAAUAACCGGUAACCGUUUGAGAAUUGGUUACAAGUCCGGAGAGUCAGGAGCCAGUAACCGUUUCAAACAAAAUGUUAGCAAUGAAUGCGCUGAUUGGCACGGUGCAAGCGUACACACGGCACGUUUUCCCUCGUGACUUGGUUAGACGGAGCUCUCGAGGGUAUUUGGUCGACCAUGCUGAUCAGACGUCUCGGAAGAGGUGGGCAUACCCACACUUUACCCCACUGCAUGCGACCUGCCGAUCAACUAUGGUCAACCCAUAUAUUCUGCCAGGUGGACAGAUGAUGGCAGAAUUUUGGACACUUGCCCCAUUUUAUCAGCCGCCACGUCGAGACAUUGAAUCAAACCACCAGCGAACUCUGGAUUGCAAGGCUCGUGUGCUCACCAUUACACCGUGGCAACUGCAUGCGUUGCUCAGUUUAAAAAGGUAAACGCUUAAUGUAUGCGACACACAGGUGACUGGUGUUUUUUUUUCCAGAUGUAUUUGAAUGCGGUUACCGGCAAUACAAAUGGAUUUCCACGACCCUGGAACGUCCCCCUCGCCGCGAGUGGCGGGAUGGGCACGCCUCGCCAGCCCCACUCAGCGCGCUUGGCUGGGAACCCACGUGUGAAGAAACGUAACGCUGCCUUUUUGACUCAUAAGACGGGCCUUCAUAGUGCGGAGCUUGUCCUAAACCAAUUCACUUGGUCGUGACAUUUUAUGCAUUUGCAGCCAGGUGGGGUGUGACUUGCCACCGUGCGCCCAUUGCACAGGAAAAUAGGGCUCGGCAGAAGUCGACCCAAUGCCACCGAUUCUACACAGGCCACCCUCUUCCGAAUCGCCACUGUUGUACAGUGACCAGCGCAGUGGGAUGGUAAUAGGAUAUGUUCAUCUCCGCAGGCUAGAAUGCUCGAUGAGGGUACGUUUUUAUCCAUUUUCUGAUCAGUAGCUGCCUAAAACAUUAACGUAAUUAAUGUAUAACUUGUAGGUGCGGUGGUAAUGUGGUCCCGUAAAUCGGCGGUGUGGAGACGGCUUGUGGCUUGCGCAGGAAUCUGAGCCAUGAUUAUCAGCAUGAGACAACCACCUUCUGAGCAACUUGAUGGUACCUGCCGAAGGCAGUAUAGCAAGUCGGUUACAGAUAGCUUCAUCUUUUUAGUCGAGAUUUGAGUGUUCUCUUGUAUGACUUGGUUUUCUCCAGUCUCUGGUUUCCUCCCAUGUGUAAAAAUACUCGACACCAUUAGACUAACACCACUGGAAGAGGUCCCUCUUGAAACUGCCUUCAAGACUUGGUGAUGCUUUCCUGGGUGGAUACUUUCCAUUUUUGCUUUGGUUAUUUAAGGCCCUGUGCAAGGCCUUGCAAUUUAAGUGUUUUGCUUCGUAAAUUACCUAUACUCGAGUCAAGUUCAACGUGCGAUGUUUUAAACGUGGAGACACUGGAGAGCCGAUCUUGGUGGAGUCCGAGUGUUAUUACUGUUUUUUUAUUAAACACCCUUCGUGUUCAGUCUUGCCUCGUAUGAGGCUUAUUUGAAUCGCUGCUGGAUAAGCAGGGCUUUCAUUUUGUGUUUGAAAGACAGUGGUGAAUCUCUGCAAUCUAUGGAAGUGAAUAAUUGGUCGUUGAACGCCUCUGCUCUGGUUGUGGUUAUCCAGAAUUUACCUUUUUACUGUAAGUGGCUUCACAAUUGUAAUGCACACAAGGAAUGUGAUGCGUAUGUAGAUGUGGCUCAUAAACAUUGCUCAGCACAGCAGGACAUUGAUAGAAGUACCCGAGGUUGUAGUGAUUGACUAGUUUUGCAAAGAAGGUCACUGCAGUGUGUUGGGCUCCAUUCGACAGGGUGGUGGCAAAGGGGCAACACUCGUGCCUCAAAGCAAGAAAAACCUCCGAUAGAUUUCCAACUCGGGUGCCUAAAUGUGUGCAGUUUGUAUGUUCUCCUGUUCUACAUGGGUUUCCUCUGGGUUCUGUGGGUUCCUCCCAUAGUGGAAAAACAGUGUCACUGGUGUUGGCUGAAAAUGUACCUGCAAAUUACUCAAUUGAGAUUCCAUAUAGCAACAUCGCAAAAACUUGGAAGGACCCUACUGAAAAAGUCUUAAGACUCUACAAUGCUUUCCUGGGUAAAUAAGCAAGAUAAUAAUUCAUAACACGUUGCUCUGUACCUCGAUAAGCUUUACAACAGUCAGCAAUCCCCAAUGUUAUGUUGCUAACUGUUAAUAGCUUAAAUCAACUCAAGGAUUUUCAUACACGUGCCAUGACCCAAAACUAACUCCUCGCAGCAAUGACGAAUACGCAGCCCCAGAAUAAUGUGCGGGCCGCGUGUGGGCAAUGUGCGUGUGUACGAGCCGUAUGUGCGUGCGUGCGGGCCAAGGGCGGUACGAGGGGUGGGACGUUAAAGCGGCUGUUGGGAUUCUGCCACGAGCUUGUUCGUUCAUGAUGCCACAUGGCCAUGGAGUGUGAAUUAAUGAGCUUCCAUACAUAGUGUUAUAUAUAUUCAGUACUCCAUAACAAUAUAUUGUAAAUGUUAUUCUCAUUACUAAAAUCACGUAAUAAUGGAAAAUAAUUUGCAAAUUUCAAUGGGUCAAUUAUCCAAGACUUGGGAGCCAAACUAAGGCAUAUAAUGUUUAGGGUUCGAUGAAAAUCAAAUCUGUAAAUUACAAAAAAUCCAAUCGCCACGUAGUAGUGGAGGUUGGAAACAAAUAGGUUCAACAACACACACAGGUGUGUGCAGCAUUACAGGUACAAAAGCUCUUGGCCAUAUUCAGACCACCAGCUCGAAAGAACUGGCCAAUUUGCUCCGAGGUAGUAAUCUAAAUGAUUAUUUCCACAAUUAUUUUGAGCUGGUAAUAUGGAUAAGACCUGUACAUUCAAUGCAGCGCACUGUUGUGUGUUUUAAAAUCAAAUUGUUCAUUAAAAUGUUUGAGACACAGUCAAACUGAUAUUUAAGAUUUAGUUUUCAGUAAAAGUGUUGCAUACACAACCAGCCAAAAUCAAGUUAUACGUAACUGCCGCAAUGUCCAGUAAAUCAUCGCGUGCUGGCUUGAGCAGCUGCCCUGUUGGUCCUUGCAUAAUCACUUUUAAUCUUUUGUGCUGCAGCCACUCGAUCUUGUGUGUUUUACGGCGGGUGGAGCCAGUGCUUGUAAAAAUAACUUGGCAAAACAUGGAUAAUGAAAACGGUGGAAAUGUGAAGUAGUAUUUGUGUGUGACACGAAGUUCAGGAUAUACUACGUGCACCAUGGUUUAGCCAAUUAUGGCAACAGUCUUUCCUGGACCACCAAAAAUCGCAUGCAAGAAAUGUAACCAAUUUCUAACGUAAAAUAAAGUUUCAUAAUUAUUUAGGUUGAACAUCAUUCAUCUCUACUUCAUCACAUUGGACCAGUUGCAAUGGGAAUCUCAUAUAACCAAUGUGGAAACACAUUUGAUUUUGAGACUGUAGACUGGUUCAUUCAACAAGAACCCCGUGUACAUUUGUAGAGUAUUAUUUUUUUUGUGGAAUCUUGGGAGAAAUUUGCAAAGAGAGUUACUACUGUGUGCAUAUUGUUCACCUCGUAACCCUGUUCACCAGGUCAUGAAAGCAACCAGCGCUGACUUGGAUCUAUAACUUUGAUUCACAUUGUGUUUUUGUGUAAAUAAAAUACGGUAUGUAUAAAAUGUCUUUAAUUAGGGGUUACAUAGAGUACCUGUGUAAAAAAAUAUAUAUGAAUCUUGAACCCGUGAAAUCAGGAAUAUGGUUUUCCUGUGCUUUCUUUGAACAUGGAAUGGAGUAUUGUGUGCCCAGCUGUUGAUUCAUGUCGGUGGCAUAUAGACAAUUUUAGGUACAAGGAAUGGAAUGUAAACUCCUAUAUAGCCUUUGUUUCUUGUUCUGAGGUUCAGAGACUCAAAGCUGAGUUUGACAAAUGCCAAAUAUUUACCAGGAAAGCCUCAUUGAGUCUCAAGACUUUUUUUCAGGAGGGUUCUGCAUUGGGAUGUUUGGCUUUGCAUUGGGAUGUUUGGCUUAUGCCAUUAACGGUGUUUGGUUUUGCCGAGGGACAACACAGAUCCCAGGAGGCAGCCGGUUGACCUGGAUGUGAUCCACCACAAGUUCAGUGGAAACGUGCUCUGCUCCUAUGCAGGCCCAUCCAAAAUUAUCCUCAAUUUCACUCAUUGUGAUCACGUCCUCCGUGAAUGAUUUUUCACCCACGGGUUAACGAGCAAUUUGGAGGUGGGGUUGACAGAUCAUGCAGGAAUGAGAGCCACCCGCUGCUGGGCAAUAGGCCUAUAGCGACAUUGAGUGUUCUCUUGUGUGCCUAGACUCGAGCCGUACCGCUGUGUUCCUGAACAUAAACAAAACAAUACUUUAUUAGCCUGAGCAAAACCCUCCUGAAAAAAAACGUUCACUGAUAAUCUAUGUUUUCAUGCAGGCCAUGGGACUGGUGAAUCGUGAAUUGUUUAGGCAAAGUGCAUUGCAGGAGGUAGGUAGAAGAAUGGAAGGACCUGGGCAUUGAGGACGUGAUGGUGGGAUUGGAUGAGGUUAAUAACGGUCUUUUUGAAAACAUUUUGUUGUAAUGGAGUUUACGCUCAAAGCCCCACGCCCCCACAUGGGGUCUCAUUUAGCUGCUUUAUCCCAGAUGAACAAGGGCCCCCGACAUAGCCCCCAUGUCCGAGUCAUUUUCAUUAUGACUUGAGGCUUUUUUUUUAAACUAACCUGUGUGGGAAUCGUAUAGUAUAUUAAGACUUGCUUUCAAUUAUGUAACUCCAAAUUGUGUUUUAUUGACACAUUUCACAGCAAAUAUGAUUCAUUAUUGAUGUUUGGCUCCGGCCACGUAAUUAUCUGACCAAAUCUUUGUUGGUCAAACCCCCUUCACCCGACAUAGCCAAACAAAGCAACCGUCACGUGUAGGACCGUUUAGCACGCCAAUUGUUAUUGUUUCAGCUCACUCCGCAUUGAGUUGAAAAACAAUCAUCACAGCUACAUUUGGUAUCAAAUAGACAUAGCUAUCUGAUUGAUAAAUAUGCGUCUAGUUCUUCCACCACCAGAUACUAGUCUCAUUGAAAGUUUGGAUGAAGAUUGUUCAACUUACCGUUGAGCAGAAACAAUCAUUCGUACUCUUGGUUCUUUCGGUAAAGUCACGUUGAAGGGAAACAAUAAAAUAAUAAUAACGUGACUUUACCGAAAGAACCAAGAAUAUGAAUCAAUGCAGGCACGAAAGCUUUAAAUCAAAAUCAUUCGUACGUUAAACGCAGAACACGUGCCAAUUUGGCUCUUGGGUGGUGGAGGGUAAAAAGGACGCAUUUGGUCAGACCGUUGUGGCCUAACCAGAAAUAUAUUAUGAAUCAAAUGUGUUGUGAAUUUGGAUGGCAUUUAAGGCAAGGUCAUCCAUUCACAUCUGCAUCUUUUCUUCGUCAAUAUUUUAAUCCCGAUUCGUGGCGUUGUCCCUCUGUUAUAUUGGAUUUGGAGAGACAUCAGCCUCUAGGAGCCCAGUUCUCUGUUACAGGAAUCCAUGCCUAAUUUACUUUCAUAUUAUAUCUGGCACAAUUUUUACUUGUUAGGGUUGGAUAAAAAGGAAGGAUUUUAAGUGCUUGCUAGCUUUUUACUCGGCGGGCAAAAUCAAUGGGCCAGUGGCUUGUCUGCUUGGCUGUUAAUAAGGGUGAUGAAUAUAGUUGAUAGGGGCCCACAUUAAUCGUGUCAGAUGGGGCCCUGGCAGUCAAUAGUUGUGGCAACCACUCCAGUAGCAUCUCGGUGCUGGAGAGCUUUGUCAACAUUUUUACAGGAGAGGUUAAUGCAUAUUUUCACUGUGGUACAUCACAUUUUGCUUAUUUCACCAUAGGUGGUGUCAUUAGGUGCUAUUGAACACAUUGGAAUAUGUGGUGGUGCCGCACACAUGUCACAUGAACUUAUAGACCUGAUUGAUGGACUGCGGAGAUGUGCAUGAGGUUGCCACCUGUUGGGCAAUGAGGUGGCCAUAUCUCUCAAGAUGGCAAAUCAAAGUUUUGACCUGUGUGGAGAUUCUACUACUUUUGUAUGAGGUGGGGUUUGUCCAAUCAUUGCAAACAGUAAUUGGACAUGAUCCAAAACUAGGACCCCCGUGAGAAAGUAUUCAUCUUCAAUAACAUUGUCUUUGAUAAGAGGAAAUAGCUACAUGAUAUUGUUAUCGAAGUUAUUUGUUCAUUUACAAAUUUCACUGUUCAUACAAGAUGCCACUUUUGUGAGCCAAGUCAGUGCCUCGUGUUAACAUUUCCCAAAAUGGUGGCUCAAGCUGUUGCAGGACUGACCCUGUCAUCACAAACUUGAGAAUUGUACUGAGAAGAUACAAGCCGUUUCAAAUCAAGAUUAAUUCGCUGUAUAAACUGUCUCGUGUUAAAAAAAAACAUUUGCAGGGAUACAUUAGUUGCUCCCUAAAAAACCCUAGUUUGUGUGAUACCACAGUAAUGCCCAUUGGCAGCACCAGUACCAUGGUAAGCAAAACAAUGGAUUAUUGUGAAUACAUGAACUGAACUCUACUAACCCCACUGGCGUCGCCUGUCUUUCAGAAAUGGUACUGCAAAUAAGACUGGAGGGCUUCAAAUGUACCUUUUAUUAAGGUAUACUAGUAUGUCAUUGUUACGUUUAAAUAAAUGUACAGGAUGCAUGGAACUUGGCAUCGUCUUCUUUUUAUCAGAACGAUUAUUUCUGUUCUCCCAACAUCAGGUGGAUCAAAAGGAUUCAUCUUUGUGGCAAUGGAAUGGCUUGUGCUGGGUUUUUUGGAGUAAGCUCUGCUCAGCCCUAAAAAAUAAACCACCUCUCUUUC